AUGAGCCUUGCGACUAUAUCGACCCAAUCCGCGACUGGAAGAGCGCUAACCGGCCUCGCUGCCGUCGCAGCUAGGAGGGUGCAAAGGGGCAUUCCAAGACGUGUUCUGGGGAAACCGAGGAACAUUAUAACUAUUAUCGAGCAAGGACAUGAGGGGUGGCGUCUUAGCUUGGGACGGAACCCUGUCCGGCUCAAUCCAGGAUUGAACUUGAAAAUUCCAAUAUAUCACACCGUUCAUAACGUCGAUCUUCGCGAAUCUUCGAUCUCAAUUCCCAAUCUCCCAGGCUACACCGCUGACAAUGUCCCAGUAACUUGCUCAGGCUCCUUGUUCUACCGAAUCACGGAUGGAUACAAGGCUUGCUUUGAAGUCAGUGACGUCCAGGACAAUGUCAAAAAUACCGGAAUGUCAGCAGUGCGGUCUGUGUUGGGUCACUUCACGUACGAUCAAGUCAUUAGUGAUCGUAAUGAACUCAACAAGAGAUUAAACACGGUUAUCGGGAGUUCCAUUUCGAAUUGGGGAGUCGAUUGCACCAGAUUCGAGAUUCAAACCUUCCAACCCGCCAACAGAGAAGUCGAGCGUCAACUUGAACUUCAAAUGGAGGCAGAACGAAAUCGUCGGAAGCAACUUCUGGACACCCAAGCCCAAAUCAACGUUGCCGAGGGCCAGAAACAACGCGUCAUUUUGGAAAGCGAGGGUCAUCUGGAAGCCAAGUCAAACGAAGCAGAUGCACACUUCAAGACAGUAGUCAGGGAAGCAGAGGCCCGGCAACAGCAAGCCCUUAUGGAGUCCUCUGCAAUCGCCCAGCAGGUCGAGAAUAUUGCGCGCUCGAUCGCCGCGAAUAAAGAUGACGUUCGGCCAGAAGAGCGUCAACGUGCUUUGGCGACUUUGAUUGAACUGAAACGCCUGGAACAGCUCAGGGCUAUUGCCCAAAGCAAGAGCAACUCGACCUAUUUCUUUGGCGACAAGUCGGCGCUUGGCCUAUCAAGCGAUGCUUUCAACGUCGAUUAUGCGCAACAUGUGAAAGCGAGCUUUGAAAACCGACCGAGUCGGGUCGAAGGGGCGUUGUGA